UAUCGAGAAGUGGAGUUGUUUCACUGAGGGAUCUAUUCUUGUAGUCUUCACCACUGACUGGAAAUAAAUUUGUGUUUUCGACAUUUGCAUUCAGUGUAAGGCAAGGAUGUGGUGAGCAAGUGUGAACAGUUAUCGAGAAAAUCAACAUGUAAUUAUUUGCCUGACAAUUGUUUGAUUGCCAGCAGAGUUCAACACCCUUUACUGGUGUCAAGCCCUAGCACACACGGCUCAAUCACCCAGAGACCGACAUCGCUACUUCACCGUCCGAGCCGAGACUGACCCAGCCCUGCACCCUCUGUCCCCUCUGCUCCUGUGGCACUCUCACCGCAUGGACAUCCUCCUCUGGACCUUCAUCUGGCUCUCCCUGGGCCAGUGUCCCGUCGGGGGCUUUAACGUGGAGAUGGACGAUCCCACCGUCUUCACCCAAGACAUCCCGUCACAUUUUGGCUUCACCGUCGCGUUGUUCAAGGGCGACACCGAGAACUGGAUUCUAGUGGGGGCUCCUUUGUCAGAAGACCAAAAGGGAUCGGCCACGGGGGCCGUCUAUAAGUGUCGGUACAGAGACAAGAGUUGCAGCAAGCUCAACAUUCCAGAAAUUCCGGGGACGAAUAACAUUGGCCUUUCAAUGACAACUGGUGAAAAUAGGGCUGUGGUUUGUAUACCAAGGUUCAGCUACGAAUGCUUCACCAACACUUAUAUCAACGGGUUCUGUUACGACAUCGAUCGAACACUGAAUUGUUUUACGAGAGUCCCGAAAAAUCUCCCAGUGUGUCCCAAGGUGAUUCUUGACCUGGCUUUCCUCAUCGAUGGAUCUGGAAGUGUUCAUGGCACAGAUUUUGGGAAGAUGAAGGUUUUUGUCAAGGCUAUGAUGACUAAGUUUGCAAGCAAGGACACUCAGAUCGCUGUCGUACAAUUCAGCCAUACAGUCCGGACGGAGUUUGAUUUUCGCAAAUAUAAUUCUGCUCCGUCCAAAACCGGGCUUGUGGAUGCUAUUGGUCAAACGGGAGGAGGAACGGACACUCCAAACGGGAUGGAAUACGUGAUUAACCACAUCUUCAUACCUGAGUCGGGUGCAAGGGACAACGCCAAGCGAAUCCUCAUCACCAUCACUGAUGGAGAAUCCCAGAACAACAAUUUCCAGCCUGCCAUUGACGCUGCCAAACAUAAAUGCAUCACACGCUACGCCAUUGGGGUGGGCUCGGCCUUCAGCGACACGAAUGCCAAGGCGCAGCUACAGACCAUUGCGUCCGAAAGUGGGAACGUGUUCCAGGUGGGAAACUUCCAGGCCCUGGACCAGAUCCAGAACCAGCUGCAGGAGAAGAUCUUCGCCAUCGAAGGGACUGAAAACAAAGGAGAGAGUUCCUUCCAAUUGGAGAUGGCACAAGAGGGGAUCAGUUCACUGGUGACUGAGGACUCCAUAGUGUACGGGGCAGUGGGAGCCUAUGAUUGGUCAGGAGGCCUCUACCAAUCGAGAUCAGGCAUCCAGACCUUCAUCAACGCUACAUUUGAUCGGGAUAGUAUGAAGAACGCAUACCUCGGGUACAGCGUGGAGGAGGCUCGGGGCAGCAGUGGGAGAUAUUACGUUGCUGGGGCACCGAGGUACAGACACCGUGGCCUGGUGCUGGUUUAUAACCAGAGUAGUCUCUCUGACCACACAAAGAAAAUAGAAAGCACUCAGUUGGGCUCGUAUUUCGGAUCGGUGCUGUGUGCUGUGGAUUUGAACAAUGAUGGGGUGACUGAUUUGAUUCUCGUGGGAGCUCCGCAUCACUCGGGGCCGGCCACGGGGGGCAUGGUCUUCGUCUACAAAUUCCACGAGGGCGACCUCUCUCCCCGGACCCCCCUAAUUGGGGAGGGAGGAGAGCAGCCUCUGGCCCGGUUUGGGGCCUCCAUCGCCCGCCUGGGGGAUCUGAAUGGGGACAGUGUGGCAGACGUGGCGGUGGGAGCGCCACUGGAGGACGGGAGGAGCGGCUCCGUCUACAUCUUCCUCGGCUCGGCCGAUGGGCUGAAGGGCCCCGCGGCACAGCAUAUCCGAUCGGCGGACGUGGAGCCCGGCCUACAGUUUUUCGGCCGCGCCAUCCACGGAGCGAUGGACGUCAACCGUGACGGUCUGUCCGAUAUUGCCGUGGGAGCCCUGGGAAAAGUCGUUGUCUUCCGUUCCCAGCCUGUUGUCGAUGUCGAAGUUCACACCACAUUCGACCCACCGAAAAUCAAACAGAAAGAUGUCGACUGUCCCAAAAAUUCACAGAGGAAGCCUGAAGUGUUGGUGAAGAUGUGCUUUAACCUUCGCGAGGUCACCAAGAAGUUACCAGACGGGAAAUACUCAUCGAGGACCUUGUCCAUCUCCUGUGGCUCCAAACAGAGGUGA